AUGGAAGGGCUGGAUAUUCCGAAAGAGACUCUUUGGAGAAGAAUUAUCUACUGGAUCUCCUGGGUUGGAUUAAAACUUAAAGCAGAAAAAAAAUGGAACAAUGUAGAUGAUGCAGUGCUGUUGGAUCUCGGGGUUCACAUUAAACACAAGUUAAGGACAGAAGUGAAACUGGUUGAAUGGAAGAAACCGAGAGUUGGCUGGGUCAAGCUCAACACAGAUGGAUGCAGUCUGGGCAAUCCAGGAAGAUCGGGAAUAGGUGGAGUAAUACGGGAUGACCAAGGGAAUCUUAGGCUGGCAUAUGCGCAGCAAAUACCUGAAGGAACUAAUAAUAACGCGGAAUUAAUCUCUCUUCUGCAUGGGCUUCGGAAUUGUAGAGAAAUGGGGUUACAAUUGGUAGAAGUGGAAAUGGACUCAAACAUUUUAGUCAAUCGGCUGCGGAAAAGAAAUUGUGGUAUUUGGUACCUAGAAGAUUUUUGGGAGGAGAUAAUGCAAUUGUUAAGUUCAACAAGGUACACAGUGAAUCAUAUUUAUAGAGAAGGAAAUGGUUUGGCCGAUAGCCUAGCUAAGUUGGGAGCGGCUGGAAGCUUAUCUUGUUGGAGAAACUCGGUGGAACUGCCAACACAAGUAAAAGGGAUUUAUCGUGUAGAUAAGGCGGGCUUACCGGCUUUAAGAUUUUGUUAG